CGCCGAUCAGUUGUGUCUUGUGCGUUGUGCGGUGAAGUUGCCCCUUCGUUCUGAAAAUCCAGCAAAGAUACUCGGCCUGUGCGGUGCAUCCUUCUCCAGAUUGAGAAUCACAUUGAGACUUAGAUCCACAUCCAGAACCAGCAGCAGAUCUAGCUCCAGCUUCAGCUUCUGCCCUCUGACCUCUGAACAAAUCACCAGACCCGUUCCAAGAUGAGAGAAAUUGUCCAUCUGCAAGCCGGCCAGUGCGGCAACCAAAUCGGCGCUAAGUUCUGGGAGAUCAUUUCCGAGGAGCACGGCAUCGACAGCAAUGGCAUCUACGUGGGCGACAGUGAUCUCCAGCUGGAGCGCGUCAGUGUCUACUACAACGAGGCAUCGGGAGUCACGCGGUCGUCGGGUGGUAAAUAUGUGCCUAGGGCCAUUCUGCUCGAUCUGGAGCCCGGCACCAUGGAGUCGGUGCGAUCGGGUCCCUACGGACAGCUCUUCCGGCCGGACAACUUUGUGUACGGUCAGUCGGGAGCGGGAAACAACUGGGCCAAGGGCCAUUACACCGAGGGCGCCGAACUGGUGGACAAUGUCCUCGAUGUGGUCCGCAAGGAGUGCGAAAACUGCGACUGCCUGCAGGGCUUCCAACUGACGCACUCGCUGGGCGGCGGUACUGGCUCCGGAAUGGGAACCCUGCUGAUCUCGAAGAUCCGCGAAGAGUACCCUGACCGCAUUAUGAACACCUACUCGGUGGUGCCCUCGCCCAAGGUGUCCGACACUGUGGUGGAGCCCUACAACGCCACCCUGUCGAUCCAUCAGCUAGUGGAGAACACAGACGAGACGUACUGCAUCGACAACGAGGCUCUGUACGACAUCUGUUUCAGGACCUUGAAGGUGUCCAACCCCAGUUACGGAGAUCUGAACCAUCUGGUUUCCCUGACCAUGUCUGGAGUGACCACAUGCCUUCGUUUCCCUGGCCAACUGAAUGCCGAUCUGCGCAAACUGGCUGUCAACAUGGUUCCAUUCCCGCGUCUGCACUUCUUCAUGCCCGGAUUCGCCCCGCUCACCUCUCGAGGAUCUCAGCAGUACAGGGCUCUGACGGUGCCCGAGCUAACCCAGCAGAUGUUCGAUGCCAAGAACAUGAUGGCCGCGUGCGAUCCUCGACAUGGUCGCUACCUAACGGUGGCCGCAGUCUUCCGUGGUCGCAUGUCCAUGAAGGAGGUGGACGAGCAGAUGCUGGCCGUCCAGAACAAGAACAGCUCCUACUUCGUAGAGUGGAUCCCGAACAACGUGAAGACCGCCGUCUGCGAUAUCCCGCCAAAGGGUCUGAAGAUGUCCUCCACUUUCAUCGGAAACACCACGGCCAUCCAGGAGCUGUUCAAGCGGAUUUCCGAGCAGUUCUCGGCCAUGUUCCGGCGCAAGGCCUUCUUGCAUUGGUACACCGGCGAGGGCAUGGACGAGAUGGAGUUCACCGAGGCGGAGAGCAACAUGAACGACCUGGUCUCCGAGUACCAGCAGUACCAGGAGGCCACCGCCGACGACGAGUUCGAUCCGGAUGUUAAUCAGGAGGAGGUCGAGGGCGAUUGUAUUUAAUGGUGUGGCCAGAGGAAUGAGGGGCGUGCGUGACGGGGGGGAGGUCGUGUUUCUGCGCGGCAUGCGGCACCAGCUGGCGGCCAAGCACUGCAGCAUCCUUUGACCC